CGGGCCGCGAGCGCAGAUGAGGCGCCCCCGGCCCCGCCGCGGCGUCCCGAGCCCGAUGGCGGCUCCGCCGUGGGACCCGCUCCGCAACGACUCUCUGCCGCCCACGCUGACCCCGGCCGUGCCGCCCUACGUGAAGCUCGGCCUCACCGUCGUCUACACCGCGUUCUACUCGCUGCUCUUCGUGUUCAUCUACGCGCAGCUCUGGCUGGUACUGCGCUACGGCCACAAGCGGCUGAGCUACCAGAGCGUCUUCCUCUUCCUCUGCCUCCUCUGGGCCUCCCUGCGGACCGUCCUCUUCUCCUUCUACUUCAGAGACUUCGUGGCGGCCAACGCGCUAGGCCCCUUCGUCUUCUGGCUGCUCUACUGCUUCCCUGUGUGCCUGCAGUUCUUCACGCUCACGCUCAUGAACCUCUACUUCACGCAGGUGAUUUUCAAAGCCAAGUCAAAAUAUUCUCCAGAAUUACUCAAAUACCGGCUGCCCCUCUACCUGGCCUCGCUCUUCAUCAGCCUCAUUUUCCUGUUGGUGAAUCUGACCUGCGCGGUGCUGGUGAAGACAGGCGGCUGGGAGAGGAAGGUCAUCGUCUCGGUGCGCGUGGCCAUCAACGACACGCUCUUCGUGCUGUGUGCUGUCUCCCUCUCCGUCUGUCUCUACAAAAUCUCGAAGAUGUCCUUGGCCAACAUUUACUUGGAGUCAAAGGGCUCCUCUGUGUGUCAAGUGACGGCCAUCGGAGUGACCGUCAUCCUUCUCUACACCUCCCGAGCCUGCUACAACCUGUUCAUCCUGUCGUUCUCCCAGAGCAAGAAUGUCCAUUCCUUUGAUUACGACUGGUACAAUGUCUCAGACCAGGCGGAUCUGAAGAACCAGCUGGGAGACGCCGGAUACGUGGUGUUCGGGGUGGUCCUCUUCGUGUGGGAGCUCUUACCCACCACCUUAGUCGUUUACUUCUUCCGAGUUAGAAACCCUGCGAAGGACCUUAGCAACCCUGGAAUGGUCCCCAGCCACGGAUUCAGUCCCAGAUCUUACUUCUUUGACAACCCUCGAAGAUACGAUAGUGAUGAUGACCUUGCCUGGAACAUUGCCCCUCAGGGACUUCAGGGAAGUUUUGCUCCAGACUACUAUGACUGGGGACAACAAACCAACAGCUUCCUGGCAUCAGUGGGAACUUUCCAACCAGACCCAGUUUUGGAUCCUGACAAACCAGGCCAUGGGUAGUAUCAGUCAACAAUUCUGUGGAAGAUUCCUCAAGUGAAGACCUUCAAAGAGAUUAACUUCAUGACAGCUGAAUUUUUAUAAGGCACUUUUCCUUAAGAAAUCAGACUUGAUUUUUGUUACAGGUUUCUAAUGGCUCCAUAGGACUAAGCAAUAAUUUAGAUUGAUAAAAUCUUAUUUUAGUACUAAAAAGUGAGCCUGGCUGCCUUUUUCAGUGGGUAUAAUUUAAACUUUAAAAAAAACUCUGUACUUUUAUAAAGAUGUAUUUUAUAUAACUUAAAUAAUAAUGCUAAAAUAUAUACUAGGAUUUUUUGAGAAUGUUAUUGCAAUAUAUGUUUGUAGUUUGCACGGACUUUUAUGCAUAAUCCACUUUAAAAGUCCACAGUACAUGGUCUGAUGGUUGUUUCAGGCUUUUGGACUAACGUAUCUUCAGAUCCUUACCUCUUCAGGCCGUGCAGGGGCUGAGCUGGGUAGAUUCGAAACCCAGCUGACAUCUAGAAAGUCAGUUUCGACUCCAGUGUUAAGUUAUACUGUAGCAGAUUAUCAACAGACUACAGACAAGGUAAUUGGCUCCUUCCUUCAAGUUCUUUAAGGUCCAGACGGUUGUUGUCUCAAAGAAUCUAAAUUUUGACAAAAAUGUUGUACUCCUUUGAGCAGGGCCCUAAUGUGUACCCUUCAGCCAUAAGUGGAUCCCUUAGAAGCAUGGAUAGAGCUGACCCACUGCUAAGCCUCCUCUGCUGUAUUCAGAACCUUUGCCUAGUUUUUCAGCCCAGGGAAAUCUAGGCUCCGUUACCUCAGUCCUUCCCAAGACAUCACCUUUCCCAAAUCACGGACCAUUCAUUCCAGUCCAGGAGCACAGGAGAGGUUCUCCGCCCUCCAUCCGGCAGGCUGUAUGCAGUCCUCAGUCUUCCUGCACUUUCCCACGUAUUUAAAAUAAUGGCCUGCAUUUCUAAGUGGCUCUGAAAUCAGGCUACUGGCAAUAGCAGCUUUAAAACGGGAGUUGCUCCCUGGUACCCAGGAGCACGAUUCCUGUCCCUCGGCCACGUGAAGAGGCACGUUUCAGACGACGGUUUCAGUGAACUCAGCUGGGACUCCAGCCCCGGUGCAAGUCUAAAACCUCCAAGAUCUAUCCAGGUACCAGUGCCUACGAUGGGAAACUGUGUCAGGAAGGUUAAAUGCUCGGAUUUUCUGUAAAACAGAAGGUCCUGGAGGAAGGAUGGUUACCAGUGAGAUGUGACCUGCUCCGCCUAGGAAUCUCACCUCUCGGGACAGGAGGAGGAGGAGGAGCAGAUGGACAGACAGUCAUGCUCUGCCUUCAGGGUGAAACCCAUUGCCAGUAUCUCUUAUUUCUCAUUAUGGUCUUCAGAAAGGAUUUCUCUCUGGGCAUUGAUUUCACAGAGAUCAAGUCUACUUCUCUUGAUGGUGAUUAAAAUUGCCAUCUCAAGUUGUAAAAAAUGGCUUGUGACUGGGUUUUUCAUUUGUACAGAAUGCCUUUGUCCUGCGUCAUCCAACACAGUAGUGUUCUUGCCUUUUAGUAUAUGGAAGAAUUGGGGUCACAUGUCAAAAUAGUGACUGUCAGAGCAAAUUCUAGACUGAAGCAAAAUUUGCACUGAUUAUUUGGGUUGCCUUAAAAUAUUGUAAGUUGUUGUUAUUCUAAAUAGCUUUAAGAACACCCUUACUUGUCAUGCUAUCUUUGUUACUAAUACUUAAGAGAAUUUAAAGGCAGACCAAGCAUAGACUUAAAAACUUUAAAUCAUGCUUUCAGAAAGUACUUCACAAUUAGGUCAUUCAAGGGUAGGUAUAUUUUUAAAAAUACAGUAAUAAAAAAAUCACUCAAAUCAUCCAAUUAUUACACUCAUGCUGUAUCAACACAUUAUCCUGUUAUUACUGGCAGGAAAGUCGCAAUAACCAGCAUUAAGUGAUAAAAGCCAUAAUCUCUUUUUAUGAUAAAGCUGCUACUAUUUGAACUAUCUUCUUACUGGAAAGGAUAAAAAUGUUCUAAGAGCUUAUUUUUCUCUUUCCCUUUUUAAAAAGUUUUGCUUAAGCACAAGUAUUUUAAAUACAUCUAGAAUAUUAAUAGGAUUGUAUUCAUCUUUUUCUCAUAGUAAAUGACCAUGUGUACCCUGUGAAACAUUAUAGGUAUGGUAGGUAUGAAAAGGGAAAUUAAAAUUUCUUCAGUUUCCUAAUUGUGUUACGGUGUUAAAUAGGUUCACUAACAAAACUUCUCCUUAAUGUGAAAUAUUAAAGGCCCAAAGAAGGCAAAGAACAGGGAUUACUGGUUAUAAAACACCGAAAACGUCCUGUUUUAAAGCAAAAUAAUGAAAUUAAAACCUUGGUCACUUGAAAGUUAAAAAUAUAUGGGGAAGAGGCAGUGUCACUGGAAAUUUUGUACGAAGUCUGAUUCAACACUAAAGGCUGCAUGGGAGUAUUUCUGGACACCUGCUAGAAACAGGCAUAAAAGGGGUCUUCUGCAGGUAAUUGUCUAAAAAUGCCAACUGAUUUGUGUAGAUAUCUUGCACUGGCUCUUUUUAUUAACCCAUUUAACUGAGCCACUGAUUACAACAUCCAGAGUACAUUACACAGGGACCUGUGGACUGUAAGGAGGGUUUUUUUUUUGUUUUUUUUUUUUUAACUUUUACAGUACAUACAUCAUAGUUAUGCCAGUUCUUUCUUGGAUGCAUCAGAUGUGUUGUUAAAACUAUGCUGGUUACCACGUUUAGUGGUGUAGAUCAUCAGGCACAUUCACUAGUAUGUCCCCAAAUAUCCUCUUUUCCCAAAAUCCAAUAGAAUUGCUCUUUAAUUCCUUGAAUAUUUAAUUCCUGUUAAGAGGAGAACAAGCAUUACUAAAUUCCAGAGCAUGAAAAGUGCUUAAAGGUUCUCAUUUAUAUUUAUAUAGUAGAUAUUACUAGAAUUUUUAUUUUUUAGAAUGAAUCUUUUUUUAAUAAGGGUAACCUUACAUGAGAAUUAAAUGGGUCUAAAUAUUUGUUUUUUUUAGCAUUUCCAACUGGAGAAACUUUAUUAAAAAGUCUUCACUUUAGAGGACUAUAUGAUAAAAUCUAGACAAGUGUAGGUCUGAUUGAAGACAUAUCUAAUACACUUUUCCAUUUUUUGUCCUGGGGAGAAUUUUAUUUAAAAAAAAAAAGUUCUAACGUGCAUAAUGCUAUUUAAGACUUCUCAUGGUCCAGAGGAGCUGCUGGAAAGGAUCAGGCUAAAAAGUGUGGAGUUCUCAUCAAAAACUCGAAUCCAAGUGAGGAAACAUUUAAAAAGGAAUGAAGGGAGUGGAGUUCAGUCAGUGUCUACCAAGUGCCUACUACAUGCCAGAUGCUGGGACGACUAGGGGUUUGCCAGUCUGUAAAUUCAGCCACAUCCUUCUUUUAACCCUACUUUAGAGCCCAGUGGGGAUAUAUGGAAAGCCCUUGCACUAAUGGGUCAGAAUACCAGGAAGUAUGCCAAAGCUGUACCCGUGCCCCCAACCUAGAUCUCUGUGCCGCUCUCUGGGCCUGGGCACUGAGGCGGGUUCCUUCAGUGCGGAGCUCUGCCUGGGUCAUCAAGUAGGGAUCAAAGUCCUCAGAUUCAAAUCCACUGAUUCAGCAGCUCCUAGUGGUAUCUGCCUGUUUCCUCUAAAGCCAGAUUUCUUUCAUCUGUUCCUUGACCUGGGACUGACACCUGUCCUCUACUUUUCCAGAAACAGGUUAAUUCCCCUGUAGCCUCCAGACUGGUCUUCCCUUUUGCAUCCUGGUUGCCCGACUACUUGGAGCAUUAGACAUGAUCUCCAGAACGUAUUUCCUGCCUCUGAACUUUGGUGUAGUCGGAACAGACCAGACGCCUCCCCAUCUAGAUUUGUGACCUCCUCCUCUUUAGUCCAUGUCAGCCUCAACGUCCCUCCCUUUCUCUGAACCUCAGUUUCCCAUGAAUCUUAUUAACGUGCAACUGUCCCUCUGGUCCCUAGUCAUGGUGCUCCUUGAAGGCAUUAAUUGAGAUAUAAAAAGGCAUGUCUGGGUUAAACAGAUGGUUUGCCAGGGACAUUUUGUGUUGCUGAGGAUCCUUGGCUGUCCCCGUACUGAAUUCACUAGCCCAGAGCCUAGGCUUUAGGUCUGUAGACUCAAUACCUACCCAAGGGAGAACACUUACCAUUUAAAGGUAUCUUCUGUGAAGGAAAUCCAUAUGGAAAGUGACAUAAUGUACCCAGGUGCUGGCUGAAGAACUGCAGACUCUGACCCAGGAGAGUUAGUUAGAUGGUUUUACUCUGCGACAACGGGUUGGCACCAUUAAGCUGACACUAAAUUUCACUCACACUGAGAGCAUCGUCUCACUGAACAGGUUUCCACUUGCUAUUCCUCUUCAGCUGGUCUGUUCCUCUCUGGUGAGCUCUCACUGUGAACCAGAGCCAGCCUAGUUAGGUUACAGAAUUCAUAAGCUGCCUGAUGGCAGGGAUAUCUGUAUUUUAUUCACUGCUACAUUCCCAGCAUGUACAACAGUGAAUGGUCAAAUCCUGUUCUUGUGGUAGGCCAUGUCUUUUUUUUUUAAAGGUAACUUCUUUCACUUGCACUUUCAUCCAGUGAGUGGAUUAGGCAACUAUAAUACUCAUGUAAGGGCCUAUCCCUGUUUUCUCAGAUAUCCAACUUUUGGGUAGAGAAUUCAUAAUGGAAUAAAAAAGGACAUAAGGACUUUACAUAAGGAUAGUCUCUGGGAAUGAUCUGAGAACUCAAUCUUAAAACAGAAGCACUGAGAUAAAAUUCUGUCUAAACAGGCACCUCACGUCCUGUCUCUGCCCUCGCGUGUUUGGGCACCGGCAAAUAGAAUCUUGAAAUAACACAACAGGGAGUAAAAAGUAGAUCUUUAUCUGAUAAAGUAUAAAAUUAAGAGAAUAGGGACACACUACAGGGGUUAAAAGUGCAACUCUCAAGAGGAAACACUGAACGGGGCAGAGUUCCAGCAUGAUCUAUAGGUUAAAGAAUUUUUUUUAAAAGCUCAUAUAGAAUACUCAAGGCCAGCUAAAGAAAACUGCUUUUACAAAGGGCAGGAGGUGUUGGAGCGAAGAGAAGAUAUAUAACCACAGACCCUGAGUAAUUAAAAUGACUGCGGUCCUGGUGUCUGAGUGAAUAGACCAGUGAAACAGAAAGAGAACCAACCCCGGUGCGGAGCUAAUGCUGUGUGCAAUGUCAUAUACGAUAAAUGUAGCAUCGCAAACCAGGGAGGAUGGGACAGACUGUCCCGUAAUAAUUGGUCACCCAAUUAUUCCCAUGGCAUUGGUAUAUCCAAUGGUAUUGGAAUAAUUGGGUGACCACCUAGGAAACCUAAUUAGGCUGGAUCCAUAAUUUACACCCUACAUGGGGGACACACUUCAAAGGGAUCAAAACUUAGAUCGAAAAACCAUGAAAGCUCUAAAAGAAACUGUAGGUGAAUUACUGCCGUAUGAGGAAGGUGUUCAAACUAUGACUCAAAGUCCGGAAGCCACUGAGAACCUGAGAAAUUAAAAAAAAUUGCAUAACAAAAACCAUCAUAAGCCAAGUCAAAAGACAGACACCAAACUGAAAAAAAAAAUAGAGCUCCUCACAAAGGAUUACCAUCUGUAAGCAGUACUCCUAGAAACUGAUAAAAGAUCAACAAUCCAGUAGAAAAAUGGGCAACAUUAUGAACACAAGUAACUACAAGCGAAUCUUAAACAUGUUGAAGGGAAUCACUCUCAUUUGUAAGAAAAACAGAAACUAAAACACAAUGAUAUGUAAUUUUGUAUUGAUCAGAAUGGCAUCAAACCCAGGUCUACAGAGGUAAGGGGGUGGGUUAGCAGGUGCGGUUUUAAUUGCAGGUGGAUAUGAGGACCGGUAACUGCCUCUAGGGAGGGAAAUAUUCUAUCAUGGUCUGCGACCCCAAAAUUCUAUUUUGGGGACUUUAUUCUACAAGUACAUAUUUAUGUGUGAAAUGACAUAUACACAAGGUCUGGAAACAAUCCAAUGCUCAUUCACAGGGGAUUGGUUAAUUAAACAAUUAUACAUUCAUAGAAUGGAAUACCAAGCAGUUGCUAAGAAAAGAAAACUUUAAGUAAGCUGUCUAGGGAGGUGGGAAGACUACCAUGAAAACUAAAGUGAGUAAAAGCAAAUGGUAUGUAUAGGGUGCCCCUCUGGGUAAAAAUGAGAGGGAAAAACUAAGACUUUCCAUUUGUAUUUGUUUGUAUAUGCCUAAAAAUGUAUGGAUGGAAACAUAAGGAACCAAGAACCGAGUCACGGGGCGAGGGGUUGGGGGAGAUAUGCAGUAUGGACGAGGGGCCAAGGACAGGAAGACAUUCCACUGUAUAGCCUUUCCUAUUUCUUGGUCUUUGAACCAUGCGAAUGUAUUACCUAUUUGAAAAAUAAAGGAGAUUUAAAAAGC